AAGAGCCCCGCCGAAUGCUGCGACCUUUCCUCCGUAGCACCUGCUCGAUGGACGACAUCUACAAUCGGAACAAAGCCCGCAGAACGUCUCUCAGUGGAGUCCGCGGCCCACGUACUAUGCAGGAGUCUCGGUCUGCCUCUGCGGUAGGAAGCCUCGGCCUGCAGAUUCUGAGCCCUGACAGUCUGCCCACGAUAUUCAAAUGCACUCCCUUGGAUCACUCGCUGGUUCGAGAGCAGUCUUCGGCCGGGUCGUCACCAGCCAGCAGCCAUUCCUCGCCCACAAUGUGUGAGCUCAGCCCUCGAGAACGCAUGGAGCAGUUCUGGGCCCGGCUUGACGCCGAAGAACUUCGAGUGAGCUCGACGAGUGUCCCGCAGCAGGGCUCGCACUCUCUGGAGUUCCGCGAUGCGCUGAGGCUAGCAUUACCUUCCCCUGCCCUUCAUCGCCGAAUCCGCAAGCCCUUAUCGGCCGCUUCAGGGAAGCGAGCGUCUGUGCUAUCGACCAACAAGCUCCGCAAGUUGAAGCGCCCCCUCAGUUCACCUGUUCUCAGCUCACCGCCCUCCAACUCUGAUUCUGUACCCAAUCUCCCGGCCGGAUUGGAGCAGAUUGGCCAGGGCAUCGGUUUCACAUACAAACUCCCCGCUGCUAGUCGGUCGAAAGCCUCGAUUUGCUCCAAUGGCGCGCAGACACACUCGGGCAGGGUCCUGCGCCGAGGACUCAAGAGUCUUCUGCACAGGGCGCGGUCCUUUUCUUAUUCUCGCCAGCGCAGUCUGCCAGCGCCUAUCAAAACCGGAGGCCAUCUCGCCGUCGAGCCAAGUCUGGCUUCGCCUUUAGAUCGUCGAUCCGUUUGCGAAAGCGUCUUUUGGGGAGGGAGUUCCUUCCAGCCAAUACCACCCGACACUUCGACUUGUCUCAGUCACUUCUACGGAUCUCCAGAUACCUUCUUCUCUCGACCACCAGUUGAUUUCUGGAUGGGAGGCUCUCGAUAGCACUCACUCGAUGUGAUGCUAUGGGUUGUGAAGUGGGUCCUAAUUUGCAUAAUUGUAUUCCAGAUGUUGUAUGUGUGGUGUACCAAAGGCGUGGAACGCAUUCGUGUAAUAUUAUCACCGUCAUCUGUAUACGUAUCAUCUUUGGGAUGCCGA